AUGCCAGUUUCGAACCAUGAGUCAUCCCCGGAGAUGUCAGAGGAUCUCGAUGAUCUCAUUGAAUCUACAUUGAAGGAAAUGGACGGUAUGAGAUCCGAAGGGGCCAGGGCUGCUGAUGGUGACAAUGAGAAGGCGGCAUCCACGUCCACGACAGCUUGUCAGUCCUCAGAGGAGACCAGUACGCUCGAGCGGAGCUUGAAUGACUUAGUGAAGGGCCUCGAGGAGAGUGCUCAGCGCGAUGGAGAUGAGGGAGAUGAGGAUCUACAGAAGCUGAUGGAGGCUAUGAGAAAGCUAGACCUUGGGGAUGAUGAACAGUUCAUGAAAGAAAUCAAUGGAUUAACUAAGGGUAUGUUCGCUAAGGAGGCGAUACGGGAACCAGUAGUGAACAUACGAGAUGAGCUGCAAGCCUUCUUGGGGUCAGAGAAGGGGUCGGAUCUGCCAGAGAGAGAGCGGGAACGGUGUACGCUCAUUCUGAGGAAGUACACCGCCGUGUUGGAGAUCUAUGAUGGGUCCAAGGGGGACAGCUUGACAGAGGAUGAGCAGCAGGAGGCAUCUAGGCUAUUUGGAGAGCUCCAGGCAUUAGGGCCGCCACCGGAGGAGGUCAUUGACCGGAUAGUACCCGCCGCCUCCUCGUCGUCGUCCUCUGGGGAGAAGCAUGCGGCGGCGGCGGCAGCCCCUGCUAGUAAAGAGGACGCAGAAGAGUUCGCACAGUUUUUGAAAGGGGUAAUGCUUGCAGCGUUCCGAUGGAGGUAUGAUGAGGAUGGUCAGAUGGGUUUUGGAGGCCCUUCGGCUGAGGGUAACUCGGGCAUGGACGAGGAGUCGGCUAAAGUGAUGAAGGAAAUGAUUGACAACCCAGAUCUACUACGCCAAAUGAUGGGGGAUCUGGACAAGGCCAUGCAGGAAGGCUCCAAGGAAGGAGGCAGUGGCGACGGCAGCGAUAAGAAGCCUCCACAGUGCACUAUUAUGUGA